UGUAAAAACAUCGUGAGUUCGAUAAAUGCAUACCGAAAAAUAAUGCUUGUUUGCACUUGCAUGCAUCUCUUUUUACUGGUCAGAAAUUUAAGUGUAAUCAAUCUGUCUCCCUCCCACCCUUGUUUAUAGUUGGGUGUUUUCGUCGUCGGCGUCUAGAUUAGUUAAUCGGGAAGUCGAAUUUACAGGUUAUAUGGAAAGCCGUGUGAUUUGCAAUAACAAUGUCUUCUAAAGACAGUGUGAAUGAUACGAUAAUACAUAUGGUUACUGAUUUGAUACCGAACAAUUCCAAGCGUCUGUUGAUGAUGAAUACUCCACUGAAGAGGCCAAGGAUUUCGAACCCUGAUUCCGUGAUGGAUAAGCAACAACAGAAACGGCCGAAAUGCCCAAGCCCGGGUAGUGAAGAAGCAACACCCGUUAAGAGAUUCAAGGAAAACGAUUUAUUCUACGUAGGUUCACCCAGGGAAAUCAGGAGGUUAAGGUCAGAUUUAGUGGACGCAAGGAAUAAAAUUGAAAAUUUCGAAAAUCGAAUUGCCUCUUUACAUACAGCUCGUAAAAGCAUUGAAAUCAUGUAUGACAAAGAAGUGAAUGAACUAAAGACUCAAAGAGAUAAAGAUAAGAAGAGCAUUGAGGAGCUAGAAAGUCAGUUGCAAUCUAUUCGUAAGAGGGAACAGACUUUGAAGAAGGAGCUAUUUGAUUGUAAUAUGAACUACAAGAUAUUAAAAAAUAACACUGACAUGCAGAUUCAGAAGUUAGAUUCAAGUAUAUCUACUUUAAAAACAGAAAUGCAGUAUUCUACUUCUGAUGAAAACAAUGAGGUAACUGCUUUGAAAAGGAAGAUUUCUGAGUUGGAAUAUAUCUAUAAAGCUGCACAAGAAGAAACUGAAGCUCACAAGAGUUUGGUUGUAGAACUGAACAAACGUGUUGCUGACAGAUCUAAUAUAGAAGGACAACUUGAAAUCAAAACUCAAGCAUUGGCAAAAGCACAUUUACAAAUUAAGGAUAUAUCUUUUAGUAAAGCAAGCUACCUUGAAUACCAACAGCAAUCCAAGACUCAACAGCAUAAGUUAAUAGCAUUCAGUGACUUGGAGAAAGAAAAUAUUAAGCUGCGUGAGGAAGUGAAAAAUUUGAAAGAUGAAGUUCAUAAUAAGUUGGUCUUAGAGGAGGAGGUGCAUAGUUUGAAAACACGUUUACAAAAUUUUAAAGGAAUUGAUACUAAGUACACCAAUUUGCAAGUUACUAAUGCACAAACUGAAUUGUAUUUAGAAGAGUUCCGUGUUUUGGCCAGGAGCAUUUGUGAGACUUCAUCUGAUUCAUCAUUACCUAGAUUGCUGAGAGGUGUGCUUGAAAAUUUACAACAACAAGAAAUUAACUUGACAUCAGAAAAGAUUCAGUUAGAAUCUCAACUGUCACAAGUAAAUCAUGUUGCUAAAGUAGCUAAAGAUGAAUUGGAUAAGUCGCAGAAGCAUAUUGCUGAUCUGCAAAAAAAUGUUAAGCAGCAUCAAAAUUUAAUACACAGAAUGCAAAAGAAGUUGUCUUUGGUUGCUGGUGAAAGGGAUAGUUACAGAAAACAAUUGGACUCCUAUGAAAAGGAUUUGACUAUUUGCAUAAACCCAGCAAGCUUGGCUAAUCCUGGUGGAGUGCAAAUUCAGAGUCAGCAAGAACGCAUUAAAAAUUUGGAGAAAAUGGUUGAUGGUUAUAGAGAUAUGGUCCACAAGUUAGAAACUGAUUUGCAAAAUGUUGAACCAAACAUAGAAAUGGAAAUUACGCCUAUCAAAGCCCAACAGAUUUCUCGCUUGCAAGAUGAAAUUGAGAAGCUGAAUAACGAAAAUGCGAUGCUGAGAGAGCGUAAAGAUGUGUUGGAAAUACAACUUGAAGAAUAUCUGGUUGGCCAUGAUGAAACCAAGGCACGUAUUAUUCACAACGAAAAGAAUCCUCUUUCUGAAAUUGUGAAGUUACGUGGACAGGAAAAUGAAAAAUUGGAAGAAGAGGUUGACAGAUUGAAAAGGAAGAUCAAAAAUUUAGAAGAAGGUUUGGAGGCAAGCAGAUUAGCCGAUGAGACUACAGAUAAUAAGGAUAUUUUGGAAGUGAAGGAGCAAUUGCGUUCAUCAGAGCAACAUCUGCAAAGGCUUAAGGAGUAUUUCAAGAGUUCCAUGCAGGAAUUCAGAAAUGUCAGUUACAUGUUGCUUGGCUAUAAAAUAGAUAAGACUUCCAGUUCACAAUACAAGUUAACUAGUAUGUACGCAGAAAGACCGGAUGAUUUCUUAUCAUUCCGGUUAAAUAACGAUGGAGCAAUGAAUCUUUUAGCUAACGAAUUCAGUUCCAAUUUGCAUGAAAUGAUUGAUCUUCAUUUGCAUCACCAAAGAUCAAUACCGGUCUUUCUAAGCUCGCUUACUAUGGACUUAUUUAACAACAGAACUAUCACUAAAACUUUCGAAGUAGAAGACGAAAGUGACGAUGAUUAAUUUAAAUGUAGAAUAGAGUAGAUCUUUUGUUGUUUAUAUUUUAAAUGCAAAAGAAACUCGUUAUAUAUAUAUAUUUGUCAAGGUUCUAAGCCAGGACAGCUUUUGUAUUUAAUGUUAAAAGGUAUUUAGUUGUAUUGAUGUAAAAAAUGUUUCUAAAUAUAAGGUAAAUAAUCGAAA